AUGACUUCAAGGGAGGAGUUGGGUAUUUCGGGUCCAAAUGCUCCACUACUUGCUUCCGCCGAUGCCUGUCCAGACUUCCGCGACGCCGACGAGGCUUUGGACUCCGAUCUAAGCUAUUCGGGGGGAUGGUUUAUAUGGAUUUUGACGUUUUCAGCUGGUAUCAGCGGCCUUCUUUUCGGCUAUGAUACCGGCGUCAUUUCCUCCACCCUCGUGACUAUUGGCUCCGAUCUAUCGAAUCGACCGUUGACCACCCUCGAUGAAAGUCUCAUAACGUCAUGUACCAGUCUAUUUGCAUUGAUUGCGAGUCCCUUCACGGGUGUUCUGGCUGAUAAAUAUGGUCGUCGGAAGGUCAUACUCGUCGCCGAUAUCCUGUUUGCUCUUGGAGCAGUAAUCCAGGCCUUCACCAGUAGAGUAUGGUGGAUGAUUAUCGGCCGGAGCAUUGUCGGACUCGCAGUGGGCAGUGCGAGUGCUGUCACUCCCUUGUUCGUCUACCCUCACCUGUAA